AUGGAGGACAAGGUGCCACCGUUGAGGAAGGAAGACGGAUCGAUAGCUAAAGAAAAUACAGAACAGGCCCAGGAGCUGCUUGAAACCUUUUUCCCGCCACUGCCAGCACGGAUUGAUGCAGAAGAUCGACGACCGCAACGCGACGCCCUGUCAAUGCCAGACCUCACGCUGGAAGAAGUUGAGGAGAAGGUACUGGCGGCGAAACCUUGGAAGGCUCCAGGUGAGGAUGGUUUGCCGGCCAUGGUGUGGAAGCGCCUGUGGCCAGUAGUGAAGCAUCGAGUUUGGACUCUUUUCGACCGCUCGCUCCGAGAUAGCGUGGUACCGCAUCAGUGGAGGAGUGCCAAGAUCAUCCCGCUCAAGAAGUCAGACAAUGGAGACUACACGGUAGCGAAAGCCUGGCGACCAAUAUCUCUCCUGUCAACACUAGGCAAAAUAAUGGAAGCAGUUGUGGCGGAACGGAUCUCAUACGCGGUUGAGACCAGCGGGCUCCUGCCCGCGAACCACUUCGGAGCGAGGAAGAGACGAUCAGCUGAACAAGCGCUCUUGCUGCUUCAGGAACAUAUAUACAAGGCAUGGAGGGCUGGCAAGGUGCUCAGCCUCAUAAGCUUUGACGUGAAAGGCGCUUACAACGGAGUGUGCAAAGAACGGCUGCUGCAAAGGAUGUUGGCAAGAGGCAUACCAGUCGGUCUGGUCAGAUGGACGGACGCCUUCUGUUCCGGCAGGACAGCUUGCGUGGUAGUAAAUGGGCACACGUCGGAACGAAGAGAGUUGUCUCAGUCCGGUCUGCCUCAGGGAUCACCACUUUCGCCGAUCUUGUUCCUGUUCUUCAACGCAGACUUGGUGCAAAGAAAAAUCAACGCUAAUGGUGGCUCGAUCGCCUUUGUGGACGAUUAUACGGCUUGGGUGACCGGGCCAACGGCAGAGGAUAACCGGGUUGGCAUUCAAUCAGUCAUUGGUGAUGCCCUCAAAUGGGAGGCACGCAGCGGCGCAACAUUUGAAGCAGACAAGACGGCAGUAAUUCAUUUCACAAGGACUGCUGCUCGGUCCAGUGACGAACCAUAUCUGAUCAAAGGAAAGGAAGUAAACCCACAAAAUAGUGUAAAGAUCUUGGGGGUAACAAUGGACGCAAACCUGCGGUACAAAGAACACAUGACUAGAGCAGCUGCCAAAGGCCUCACGGCUGCCAUGGGUCUGAGAAGAUUGAAGAUGCUUUCACCUCGAACGGCUAGACAACUCUUUAUGUCGACAGUCGCACCUGUUAUGGACUACGCGUCGAAUGUGUGGAUGCACUCCUGCGGUGCGCAGGAACUGGCAUGGCUAAAUAGAGUGCAGAUGGUGGGUGCACAGGCGAUUACAGGAGCUUUCAGCAAAGUGGCCACAGCAGUGGCCGAAGCAGAGGCCAGUAUUCAAACAGUGCAGGAGCGACACACUCAAGCAGCAACAAGGCUCUGGGUCAACGUUUGCACACUUCCGCAGACACAUCCACUGACAAGAUCGAAAUACAAAGCUAAACGGCGUUUUGUGUCGCCAAUGCAGAAAAUCGCCAUAACGAUGGCAAAGACCAACACGGAACGCUUGGAGACAAUCCACGAGUAUACUAUACCACCUUGGAGUGAUCGCAUACCCGUAGUGGGCGAGCAUUAUGACUAUGUGGAAACAGACCAGGCACCAAACGACGUGGAAGGUAUCAUCAUCGCCACUGCCUCCUCGCAAAAAGGUGACACAGUGGGAAUGGGAGGUGUUGUGCGUGACACAACGAUCAAUAGUGCUGGCGAGGUGCUGGCUAGCUACUCCGUCACCAUCGGAACACGGAACUGGCAGCCAUUGCGAUGCAACCGAUCGGCACUACAAGUUAUCCGACGACCACGGCAACAAUCCGGCCAGUGCACUAUACGCCAGAUAUACGAACGUACCCAGUAUCUUCAAAGGAGAGGCUGCUCUGUUUCACUCAUGUGGGUGCCGGCGGAGAACGAAGAUUUUACACUAAAAGCGCUCGCCAAGGCAGCAGCGAAGAGAGCGGCAAUGUGUGGUGAGACACCAGAUGAACGACCAUACCAAGCUAGGUCGACAAAGCUACGACUGGCCAAAGUGGCCCAACAGCAACUAGGAGAGCUCCCGGAGGGAGUGGCCUCGACAUUGGCGGACCGUGCUUCAGCUGCUGAGGAUAGGACGCUGAACACUUGA